ACAGUUUUUCCCACACGAUCUUGCGGAAGGACAGUGAGUUUCCUGUCAAUGCGGGUUUAGUAUGUUGAGCAUCGGCUCGGUUUUGCUCCGGGCGAGGGUCCCUUCAGCCUUUCUGCGUCGAGCCACUUCGUCGGUGGCUGUGCCGGUGAUUCGUGUCCCGCGGAGAAGUCAACUGCUGGCGGAAAAGCGGAGCAGGGAAUCUAAUGCCGGGCCCGUGGUGACCCCGAGGGCAGGGAAGCUCCUGAUCAGCGCUCGGAGACGGGAGCUUAACCAGCCUGCUGGAGAGACUUGCGGGCAGUGGGUUUAUCCUGCCCUGGUGAGCAAAGGCUGGAAACACCGUUUAUCCCGAGGGGAUUAUUUCACCAUCGAGCGUCAAAACGAGCAGUGCCCGGGACCGAACGCACAAUGCACUUUCCAGUCAAUGGCAUUGGAUAAGGAAGUGAUCGCAGCCCUUUCUCUUUUGGGCAUAAAAUACCCCACGUGGGUGCAGACACAGGCCAUUCCCGUUAUGAUGUCGGGCAAAAACAUAUUAUGUGCAGCGGAGACAGGUAGUGGGAAGACUCUGGGCUACCUGCUGCCCAUCAUCCAGCAGCUCCUUACUCACAAAACAACUAGUGAGUCCCAAGAUCCUUGUAAUCUUAUACUUGUGCCUUCCAGAGAACUUGCCAACCAAGUUUCAUCUGUAGCCACAAACCUAUGCGCACAACUUGGGCUGACAGUGAGCACAGUAGGUGGGGGAAGAGGGCUUGGGGCAGUGGACAGACAGUUGAGUAGGGGCCCAGUGGACAUUUUGGUGGCCACCCCAGGUGCCCUCUGGAAAGCUCUUAAUAGAGACACGGUUAGCCUGGCAAGUUUAAGGUGCGUGGUUCUAGAUGAGGUAGACACGCUAUUUGACAACACCUUCUCUGAAGUGGUAGAGAACAUCCUCAUGCAGACUUUGUUAGCUUCUGAAAGUGAAGUUCAAGGCCCAGAGAGGAAGCCCCAGUUGGUGGCUGUUGGUGCCACCUUUCCUAGAGGGGUUCUUCAAGCGCUAGGCAAGAUGAUUGACCUGGGCAAAAUCAGUACCAUUAAAAGCAAGCGACUGCACUUUCUCAUGCCUCAUGUUCAGCAUACCUUUAUGAAGCUUAAAGGAGAAGAUAAAGUGCCGGAGCUGCUCAAUAUACUGAAGAAACAGGCUGUAGAGGGUCAAGGAUCUGGAGUCUUGGUCUUUUGCAAUAGCUCCAGCACUGUGAACUGGUUGGGUUACAUUUUGGAUGAUCACUUGAUAAAGCAUUCUCGUCUCCAGGGUCUUAUGCCAGCGGCUAUGCGUAGUGGCAUUUUCCAGUCCUUUCAGAAGGGAGACUCGGGUGUUCUGAUCUGCACUGAUUUAGCUUCCAGGGGCUUGGACAGUCUAAACGUAAAGGUCGUAGUGAAUUAUGAUUUUCCGGCGACCCUCCAGGAUUAUCUCCACAGGGCCGGUAGGGUUGGAAGACUUGGCAGUGAAAGACAAGGCAGUGUGGUGAGCUUCGUUACUCAUCUCUGGGAUGUCGAAUUAGUACAGAAAAUUGAAACAGCAGCCCGCAAAAGAAGUAGCCUUUUUGGAAUGAAGUCUGCUGUAAAUGAUUCCACGAUUAAAGAUCCAAUUCGCAAAGAAAACUAGCAGACUCAACCACUCAUUGUCUGAGAUUCAGAUAUGGACAUAAAAAAGCCAACCACAGCGUUAUAUAUAUUUAUAUUGUUGUAAAGAAACUCUGUGUUCUAUAUUUUUUUUGUCAUUUCCAUUUUCAAUUACUGCAUCCCUGAAAAUAAAUGUAUAGUCAUUUCUUCUUAUUCUUACAAGAAAUAUUAUUAUAGCCUUUUGCGUUUGGAGCAUAACAACACUGGAAUAACAAAAAUAAGAGAAUAGGGCAAGGAUAACAUUAUAAAAAUUACUACAUUUAUUUGUGUAUGUCUUCCCGUAAAAUAGCAUAGAUUACCAAAGUCUGUAGCUAAUAGCUAAUUGUGGAUGAUGACCCUGAAGGGCUAAUCCCUCUGAGACAUCUAUAGUGGAUAGAUAUAUUUAAGGAUGGUUUAUCUCUAGUAAAUAUAAGUUAUUGCAUUGCUUUGUUUGACAAAGAUUAACUUUGUAUUUAGUGUGGCUGAGGACAGUACCACUAGGCAGCCCUGUCUGUUUACCGUAUCAUUCUUAACCAUAGAAUAAACACAUGAUGUUGCCGUUUAGAAAA